AUGGAGAUGUUCAAGGUGUUGAUGUCCCUUGCUUUGCUUUCUGUGGUGGCAGUGUUUUUGCGUCUGUAUAAGGCUCUGGUGACUGAGCCAGCGAGGGUUAGAAGGAUACUGAAGAAGCAGGGAAUAGGCGGACCACCACCAAGUUUUCUACUCGGUAAUAUGAUGGAGGUCAAGAAACCAAUCGAUGCGGCCGCAAAAGCUACUAAAUCCGCCGCCAAUAAUGGAACCCAACUCGACCACAACUGGGUUGCCACUCUCUUUCCAUUCUUCGAGAAGUGGAGACAAAUAUACGGUGAAUUGUUUGUGUUUUCUCUUGGUAAUUCACAAAUAAUGUAUGUGAAUCACCCUGAUUUGAUAAAAGAGAUAACCACGCAUACAACCUAUGACUUGGGUAAACCUUCAUAUCACCGAAAAGAGUUUGGUCCUUUGCUUGGCGACGGCAUUCUUACCACAAAUGGACCUACCUGGGCAUAUCACAGAAAAGUCCUUGCUCCUGAAUUGUACAUGGAGAAAAUCAAGGGAAUGAUAAGCCAAAUAUCAGAGUCUGUAGUUAUUCUGGUUGACGCAUGGAAGAACAAAAUUGAUUCUGAGGGUGGACUUGCAGAUAUAAACAUUGACGAGUACAUGAGAACCUUUUCCGGAGAUGUGAUUUCCAGAGCUUGUUUUGGUAGCAAUUAUGUUAAGGGAAAAGAGAUUUUCAACAGACUUAAAGUUCUCCAGGAGGCUACUUCCGAUAAAGUUUUGUCCAUUGGUAUCCCCGGAAUUACAUAUCUUCCAACAAAGACUAACAGAGAAGCAUGGGCACUAGAGAAAGAGAUCCAUAAUUUGAUCCUAGAGGUGGUGAAGGAGAGGAAGGAAACUGGGGCUGAGAAGGACCUUUUGCAAAUGGUCAUGGAAGGCGCUGAAAAUGGGGAAAUGAACCAAAAAGAAAUAGACCAAUUCAUUGUUGCUAACUGCAAAAACGUAUACUUGGCAGCGCAUGAGGCUAGUGCGAUUGGGGCAUCAUGGUGUCUUAUGCUCUUGGCCUCAAACCCAGAAUGGCAAGAUCGAGUUCGUGCUGAGGUCCUUGAAAUUACCGGUGGUGGAACACCAGAUGCUGAUAUGCUCCGUAAAAUGAAACAGUGGGCAGAUCUCUGUAAAGCAUACUUGAAGGAAGCAAAGUGGUACUAUGGUGGAUACAAGCCUACGUUGGAAGAAUAUCUUGAAAAUGCAAAGGUUUCCAUAGCAGCGCCUCUCAUGCUAUUAUGUAGUUACUUCCUAACCACAGAUAAAAUCACUAAGGAGGCAUUGGAUCAUCUAGAUGAGCUUCCAAGUAUCAUGCGUUCCGCCAGCUUGCUUCUUCGACUUGCCAAUGAUUUGGGAACAUCAUCGGACGAGUUGGCCAGAGGAGAUAUCCUCAAGGCUGUUCAGUGUUACAUGAAUGAAACUGGUGCAUCUGAAGAAGUUGCUCGUGAAUACAUAAACAAUUUAGUCCAUGAAAUAUGGAAGAAAAUUAACCGAGAUAUGCUCAACCACUGUCCUUUCUCUGAACCAUUUUUAAGUGCCAAUCCAAAUAUUGCUCGGACUGCUCAAUGCUUUUACCAAUAUGGAGAUGGACAUGGUGUGCCAGACAGUUGGACAAAGGAUCAUCUGAUUUCCUUACUAGUCCAACCGAUUGCUUUAAACUAG